AUGAAUAAAAUUACUAAACAAAAGGCAUGUAUUGAAAUGACUGGGUCCAAGUUGAAAAUAAGAACGAAUACUCUGGAACAGUCGGACGUCAAAGAAUUGAAUUCAAAAGAUAAUGAAGUCGGAUCAGCUGAAAGUAAUCUUGGAGGAAAUAUAUUAAUUGGAAAUUAUGAUUUUUUGAAAGAACUGGAGAUCACCGAAAAUGGCAUGGACAUUCUAGAUUUGAGUUCUUUGGCGCAACUUGAGACAUUGACGUGUAAUCAUAACAAAUUAAAGGAACUGAUAAUUAAUGGGAAAAGUUUGAAAAUUUUAACGGCGAAACAUAACAAUCUGGUUACAAUUAAGGCUCUAUCUUCUCCAACGAAGUUAGUAAACAUCGAUAUAUCCAACAAUGAUUUCGAAGAACUGCCCGAUUGGAUAGGCGCCUGCAGUAAGUUAAACAGCUUAUAUGCCGAUCACAAUCGAUUAUGGACCAUUGACAAUAUAUUCGCCAAAGACGGAUUUCAGGAAUUGUACACAUUUAGUGUUGCUUAUAAUCACUUGACGUCGUUGACCAGCUCUCCAAUGAUUUUUGGAACGGUUUCGCAUCUAUACUUGCAAUGCAAUAAAUUGCAGAAAUUACCAGAUAAUCUCUUUGCGAUAACGUGCAAAAGUCUGAAGUUGCUGAAUGUCUCGUGCAACAAUUUAUGUACGGUAGCGCAAUGUCAUCCAGUAAAUGAUGCCUGGUGCUUGGAAGAGUUAUAUCUGUCUAACAAUAUUCUUAACGAAAGCAUAUUUCCCACCUUUGCAGAGGCAAGAAAAUUACGCAUCAUUCAUGCAGCCUAUAAUACGAUACGUGAGCUGCCUGAAAAUAUUAUACGCAAUUGGAAUGAUUUGGAGGUAUUAGUCUUGUCGGGAAAUAAGCUACAAGAUCUGCCAGACAAUAUUUGUAUGCUAACCAAAUUGGAAGUUUUGCGCUUGCAUUCAAAUUUGUUGUAUAAAACACCAAGUCUGUCAAGGUUAUCUAACCUCAAAGUAUUAGAUUUGGCGCAUAACCGUUUAGAUCAUGUUAACCUUUUGCAUAUUAUGCCAAAGAACAUAAAAUAUCUGGAUUUGUCAUGUAACAUGCAAUUACAAUUUGAUGAGAAGCAAGUACAGAUGUGCCAGGGUUUAAAGAAAAUGAGUUUGGUGGAUGUGAGCGGUAAAAAUCGGGCAUGCUUGCCAACCACAAAACUAGAGGAGUUAAAAGACAACAACGUCACGCGGCAGCCAUGGAGUGUAGGAUUCGCCGAAACAACUGGAAAGUGUCGCAAACUACUCGUAAAGCAAAUACGUUUAUGUAAUUUUUCAGAGGACGAAGGUCUUUUCGGUAUGCUCGAAAGCGCAACUAUAGGCGCUGUUACUACCGCGCUGGCGAGCACGGUGCCACAAAUAUUGAUGCAUGAGCGAAGUGUAAAGGAAACAGCAAAAGAAUAUAUGAAAUAUACAUUACUAUCCAUUUAUCAGCGCUUAGCUAGCGAAAGAGGAUGUGAUAAUAUGCAUAUUGCACUCUGUCAUAUUGCCAAAGAAAGUGGGGGAUUCAAGGACUAUAUGCGCCCGAAGAGGACCAGGCGGUACGUAUUGCGUGUUGCCAGCAUUGGCAACAUAGCGGCAUAUUUAGUUCGGAAAACAACUACAAUUUGUUUGACCGCAAAUAGCUACAGCACGCAGAUUUCCAACAGCGAUGACAGCCAAGACGCUGCAACGUCCCGCAUAAAUGACCCCACGAUACACGAAACCUUUCUAAGUAACGAUGAUGAAUUCUUAGUAAUUUGCAAUGCCCACCUCUGGAAAGUCAUGGAUAUUGAACACGUUACUAAAGAGUUGCGAAAAGAGGAGAAUAUAGUGCUAGCUGCUAAGCGUUUGCAGGAUAUUGCUCAAAGCUUCGGUGCAAAUGAAAAUCUCAGCGUUGUUGUCAUUCGUUUCAAAUAUGUAGGAACCGAUGUAGAUGAUCUAUUGAAAGAGCUGAAGCAAACGGUGCGCAAGAAUCCCAUAGCACAAAACCUAAAUACAGACGAUAAGCUGUCAAUCGCCAGCCAUCGUCUCAUCGGGCGUUGUUCUCCGCGCCAGAAUUUGAUGGGUGGCGUGAUGAAAAGUGAUCGUUCCUCACCGAGUGGACAAAGCGAUCAUGUGCAUAGUUAUCUCAACAAAGCGCUUCACAACGAAGAGUACGCUUUUGCGACUGAGCACGUUAUUGAGGAAGAUGAGGACUUGGAAAUUUUACAUGAAACCGACUCAGUGCUUUCCGAAGAACAAUUCAAAUGUUGGGAGUAUAUGCUAGAACAAAAUACACAACUGCUAUUCGAUAAGGAACUCAAUACAAUAUCAAAAUCGAUUACAAAAAACCCAAACAAUGAAGUACCCAACGAGCCUAACAUUGGCCUGGAUAAAAGCGAAUACAAAGAUAAUAAUUUGAUUAAAAAUAUUGGUAAUCGUUUCAUAUCGCACAGUUCGCCACAACUGUUGUAUAGUGAAAUUAAAAAGCCACUCACAACAUUUACCCAUAAACAUCAAGAGAAACGCCAUCAGCGACAGCAACACCAACAACAACAAAAGCAUCAACAAAUGUCCUUCCUGUCGAAACACUUCGGUAGCUGUCGUUCUUUUCAAACACAGUCAAGAUAUAACCUCUUCGAAUCGAAGAGUCAAAAUUCGGUAAAUCUAGGGCUUUCUUCAAAAUUGGGUGGCGGUCCCAAUGCAGCUUACUUUGGUUCCUUGCAACGCCUUAUGCCAUACAAUUUGGAAUAUGAUUUCACGGUUACUCAAGAUCGUUCAGCGUUGAACGAGGAAGAUGAUGAAUUCAAUGAACAGGAAGAUCGGAUGAAAAAAUAUUGGGGUAUAGCAACAACGGAGCUGUAA